AUGCAGAAGCGACAGCGGCUAUCCGUAGAUGAAGAAAACGUAGACACUUCCACUGAUAAUAAUUUUAAUAACUCCGUUAAGAGGCCGCGAAAUGAAACAAAUGCAUUAGCUCAAAGAACACUCUUCGUGCGAGCUCUCCCAGCGUUGGCGACGAGUGAGGCCCUAACAAAUUUCUUUUCUCAAAACUAUCCUCUUAAGCAUGCAACUGUUGUUCUCGAUACGGAAACUAAACAAUCAAAGGGUUACGGAUUUGUCACUUUCGCUGAUGCACAUGAUGCCCAGAAAGCUCAGGAGGAACUAAACGGCACAGUCUUUAUGGGCCGUAAAAUUAAAAUAGAAGUCGCUGAACCACGCUCAAGGGUGCUAACCAAAGCAGAUGGGCAAGAUGGGAAAGCUAAAAGUAAAAUAUCAGAAAAAGCUGCAGCUAUCAAGAAAGCCAGAAUGGAGGAAAUGGCAAUAUCCAAGGCACCCCCAAAGCUUAUCAUCCGAAAUCUACCAUGGAGUAUUAAGUCGCCUGACCAAUUAGCGGAUCUAUUCAAAAAAUACGGAAAAGUUAAGUUCGCUACCUUACCCAAAAUAAAGGACAAUACUCAAGCUGGUUUUGGCUUCGUAACAAUGAGAGGGAAGAAAAAUGCCGAAAAAGCUAUGGCAUGUCUUAACGGAACAUCUAUAGAUGGACGGACAGUAGCUGUGGACCGAGCUGUGGACAAGUCUUUGUGGGAGGGUCUGAAUAAAAAACCUUCAGAAGGUAAAACUUCAAUUAUUGAGAAUCAAAUUGACAAAUCACCAUCUUGCUAUACAUCCAAAGCAUGCGCGGAAGACAAUAAAUGUAGUUCUACGGCUCUAGCGAAUCAAGAAGAAUUGGACGUCAUGAACUUCCUAAAUAAAUUUGGAGAUCAGAUUGAGUCUGAGACGGAAGACGAUAUGGCUGAUGAACAGAAGGAUCAUUCAAAAGAUAGCACCAAAUUAUCUAGUCUAAACGAAGACGACUUAACUUGGGAAGAUGAUCUGGAUGAGAAUGACGGUCUUGAGGAAAAUAAUGAAACUGAUAACCCAAUAAAAACAUUCAUAACUGAUAAUUCUUCGACCUUGUUUGUUCGAAAUCUUCCUUUCACAACUUUAGAUGCGGAGCUUAAAGAGCAUUUUGAUCAAUUCGGACCUGUAAGAUAUGCUAGAGUUGUUAUGGAGCGUACGACAGGCAGAUCAAAAGGGUCUGGUUUUGUCUGCUACUAUAAUGUAGAAGACGCUGAUUCGUGCUAUCGUGGCGCACCUCGAAACCAGCCUACUGGUGCAAAUGCUUUGAGCAUUAAACAUUCUAUUCUAGAGAAUGAAGCAUCCGAUGUUAAUGGUAUGUACACGAUUGAAGGACGUGUCCUACAAAUAUCAAGAGCAGUUGAACGAGAUGACGCACAAAAAUUAACAGAAGCCGGCACAUCCUUUCGAAUUGAUAGAGAUAAAGACAAACGCAAGUUGUAUCUUCUUAACGAAGGGACAGUUGCCUCCGGCACACCAUUAUACGAGACUCUAUCUCCCUCUGAAAUAAAAAUGCGUGAAGAUUCUGCCAAGCAGCGAAAAAAACUGAUUCAAAAUAAUCCAAUGUUGCAUCUAUCAUUGACCAGGUUAUCGGUUCGGAAUCUUCCUCGACAAAUUACUUCAAAAGAUCUAAAAGCGUUGGCCCGUGAGGCAGUGGUAGGAUUCGCAAAAGACGUAAAGUCAGGUAUCCGAUCUCAGCUCUCCAAAGAAGAAGAAUCUCGCGGUGGUGAAGAAGAUCGUCUGGCAGAACAAUUACGUAAAUCAAAAGGGAAGGGAAUUGUACGACAAGCCAAGAUUGUUUAUGAAGGACGCGAAGGUAAAAAAAUUUCCGAAGACUCUGGUGCCGGCAGGAGUCGUGGGUAUGGAUUCAUAGAAUAUCAUUCACAUCGCUGGGCUCUCAUGGGAUUAAGAUGGCUUAAUGGUCACGUCGUUAAGAGCUCAAGUGGAAAGUCACAAAGGUUAAUCGUAGAAUUUGCCAUCGAAAAUGUCCAGGUAGUGCAGCGGAGGAAAGCGAGCGAAGAAAAGGCUCGAACAAGAAGUAUGGAUGUAUUGAAGGCCAGAGAGCGUGGAGAGAUGCCGGAGAAAAAGAAAGUAUUGGGAAAAGACCAACUCAUGGCUAAAACAAGAAAGGGCAAGAAAGGGGACCACGAAACCCAUGCCAAAUCUUUCACCAAACUUAUUGUAAAGCCAGAGAAGGUUCAUGGUAAGAAGAAGAACCCUGAAACGGAUAAACCAGCCGAUGGACGCAACCAAAAGACCAGCAAAAAGCCAGCGUCAGAUAAUGACACUGAGCAAAGACUAGCCAAGAAAAGCCAGAUAAUCCAACGCAAGCGCCAGAUGAGAAAAGCGAAGGGACGAGGCAAGCAUGCAUAA